CGGAUGUUGGAUAUUGAUAGCCACAGUCUUGUAGGCGUCUGUCUCGGUAUCAUCCCAGAAGUUGGACCAGGAUGGGUCGAAGACUCCCGCAACAGGAGCGUACACGUCCGGCACAUCACCAAAUACCUUGACGCAAGUGGUGAUCAGGUUGCGCAGUGACUUCCAGGAAGUUACAUCGCAAGUCUCAAAGCAGAUCUCGGACUUUGGAUUCGCGUCGAGGUACUCUCUGGCUUCCUGUGUGAGCUUCAAGUCGCCGACAAUGACUCGAGCCCCUCUUCCGUGACAGAGAUUGGCGAAGGUGUACCCGAUCCCACUGCCACCUCCUGUAACCAGUACGAUCUUGCCUUGCACUGGCAAGUCUCCGACUGGGCCGUAUUUUGACAUGGUGUGAUACUAAAUAGAUCGAACGGUAAGAUGCUAGGUCAGUGUGAGAUAUGUUCAAAGCUGUCGUGGUGAGUCGCGCACAGGUCAAGGAAGAAUGUCGUGAAUGCACCUUGAUGCCGCAACUAAAUCACUACUGUUUCUCCAAUCCAUUGCCGCCGAUGCAACAUUUCCUCGGUCCUUGAUGUUGGAGGUUUGAACAUCUGCGGGGUGAAGAUCCCAGAGGCGGAGACGCCUUGGGGAAGGUGUGCCUCGCAUCGUGGCCGAUCCUAUCAUCAAGUUGAUGACAAGGAGUGGGAGGGCAUCCAGUGUCUGAGAGCGAGUGAUGAACUGGUGCUGUGUUGCCGAGUCCCGGUUCGCCUGUCUCCUGGACCAACAGGCUAGGAGUACCCCCAUGGGCCGGUGGAUGAACUUCAGCCUUGCCCCCUUCUUAUCUGCGGACUUGAGCGCCGUUGUUGUUAGUUUGCGCCAGGUCCGAUCGAAGAGAGCCAAACGACCGUCGUUAUCUGGUCGCAUGGGAAUCUGUUAUAUAGCCAGGUGAAAAGGACUUGCACCUCGUCCAAGUCUGUUCCCUUUUCCCUUUGUUGUAUACCGUUAUUACCUUUUCGUGUCAAAGCCUAGAGGCCCUUCAGCAGCAAACAUGGGGAGCCUUGGGCCAGAAAACAUCCCCGUUGUCGACUUUUCGAGAUUCGACACAGAUUUGCCUAGUCUGGCGAAGGAAAUCAAGGAGAUCUGCGAGACAUGGGGUUUUCUGUACCUGAAGAACCACGGUCUCGAACAAAACAAGGUUGAUCGCAUGUUCAACAUCAGCGAGACAUUCUUCACCACAACGCCUCUCGAAGAAAAGGCCUCCACACCGUGGAACAGUAUCUACAAUGCAGGCUACGACGCAAAGACCGGGACGGAGAAGUACAUGCACGAGAACGGAGCCAAGGAUGUUGUGUCCUCGCAAGAUGGCAAGGAGGUCUUUGUGAUCCGGAAACACCAGUCGUACGACCAGCCGAUGCCACCUGCGUUGCGGAGAUUCAACCCGGAAAUUCAACAGUUCAUGGCCGAGACGCACCAGAAGAUUGCCGUUCGGCUUCUUGCUUGCCUGGGGGUCGGGCUGGGUCUGACAAGAGACCGGCUUCCUGAAAUCCACAAGCAUGAAAGCCCGUCGUACACGACGCUCCGACUGAUCUACUACCCGGCCUUGCAGCAGGCUGACAACGCGCCCAUUCGACUGCCUUCGCACACCGAUCAGGGCGUCAUCACGAUUCUCUUUCAGAACCAGAUCGCUGGCUUGCAGGUGCGACCUCCAAAGUACACCGGCAAGAUAUCGGAAGACGAGGUCUGGCUCGAUGCGCCUGUGAUCCCGGGCGCGGUCCUGAUAAACAUUGGCGAGACCAUGACGUUCUUCUCUGGAGGACUGAUGAAGAGCACUUUGCACCGUGUCGCGAGAAGUCCCAACGCAGAAGAUUGGGGCAAGGAUCGGUACUCGAUGGCCUACUUCUGCCACCCCAACCAAGAUACCUUGUUGGAAGUCAUUCAAGGUAUCGAGGGCGCUAACAAGAGGGAGACGCCCGUGUCUUGUGUCACCGGAAGACAGGUAAAGACGGUCAAGGAUUGGAUCGAGCAUAGACAUUCGAUGGGAAGGCAAGAGGCCAUGGUAGCAAAGUGAAGC